UUAAUUAAUAGUUAAUUACAAUAUAAACUAACAUUGAUUCCCAAAGGCCUAGGUCAUGUUAAGGCUCACUCUAAAGCGCUUGCCAUCCUGGAAUCUCAAUGUGGUACAGACAUGUCAAAAAUCCUCUUCCUGGCCAUCUACAAAAUUAACAAGUUCCCUUAGUUCUGGAAAAAGGGAUACCCUACCUGUUAUUGAAGACUUUUCUCGUCGACACAUUGGUCCAAAUAAAGCUGAAGUAGAAGAAAUGCUCAAGUACAUUGGAGUCGAAAGUUUGGAUGAGCUAACAAGAAAAACUGUGCCUGAAGAUAUUCUUGAUGAAAGAGACCUCAAUGUAUCUGAGCCAAUGAGUGAGCUGGAAUUAGCAAGACGUGUCAACAAGAUUGCUGCUAAGAACAAAGUCUUUAGGAACUACAUAGGAAUGGGAUAUUAUGACUCCAAAGUUCCUCCACCCAUUGUGAGGAACAUCCUCGAAAAUCCUGGCUGGUACACGAGCUAUACACCUUACCAAGCUGAAAUUGCACAAGGUCGGAUGGAGAGUCUCAUAAAUUUCCAAACCAUGGUGUCUGAUAUGACCGGUCUUCCAAUUGCAAAUGCUAGUUUACUGGAUGAAGCAACAGCUGCUGCCGAAGCAAUGGCACUGUGUUACAGGAAUAUGAAGAAGAAAAAAGUAGUUCCAAAAUUUUUCGUUGAUAGAGCCGUCUUUCCUCAGAGUCUUGCUGUAAUUCUAACCAGAGCAAAAUACCUUGGAGUAAAGGUGAUAGUAGGUGACUACAAGACGUUCGAUUACGCUACCAAGGGACUUUGUGGAGUGUUGUUUCAGUACCCCAACUCUGAUGGAAAAGUUAUCGAUUACACUGAGUAUAUCCAAGCUGCCCAAGAAAACAAGGCGUUGGCAGCUUGCGCAACUGAUCUGCUAGCCCUGACAAUGAUCAAACCUCCGGGAGAGUACGGCUUUGACAUAGCUUUUGGUAGCGCUCAGAGGUUUGGUGUGCCUCUGGGGUAUGGUGGUCCUCAUGCUGCAUUCUUUAGCGUCAAGAAGAAUCUCCAGAGAUCCAUACCAGGUCGUAUAAUUGGAGUAACGAAGGAUGCGGAGGAUGGUCUAGCUUACAGACUAACUCUACAAACAAGGGAACAGCACAUCAAGAGGAACAAGGCUACCAGCAACAUCUGUACUUCACAGGCUUUGUUAGCGAACAUGGCUGCUAUGUACGCAGUAUACCACGGCGCGGAGGGGCUCUAUUCUAUUGCUGAGAAAGUGCACUAUUCAACUUGUAUCGUCGCAGAGGGAGCAAGAAGAGCAGGGCAUCACAUCGACGAGGGAGCGUUCUUUGAUACUCUCAAAAUAACAUUCAGAAACGAGCAAGCUUACGAUGAUGCUUUGUUAAACGCGUCGAUAAGACACAUCAAUAUCAGGCAGUACGAGGAACCUAAUACGGUGGGUAUAUCACUAGACGAGACCGUUACUUCAGAAGAUCUGGAUGAUCUCCUCUUUGUACUCGGAGCUCCCUCUGUGGCUAACCUGUGGCAACAGCUGAAACCAAAAGAAGGAGGUAUUCUGAGGACACCAUUUGAGAGAACCUCCAAGUUCCUGACUCAUCCUACAUUCACCAACCACCGGAGUGAACAUCAGCUUACCAGGUACAUGCGGUAUUUGGAGAAGAAAGAUGUGUCCCUGGUACAUUCCAUGAUCCCUCUCGGGAGUUGCACUAUGAAACUGAACGCUACCUCCGAACUGACUCCUAUCUCCAAACCAGAGUUUGCUAACCUCCAUCCCUUCGCUCCUGCUUAUCAGACUCAGGGAUACUUUGAACUAAUUAAGGAGCUGCACGACGAUCUGUGUGAAGUAACAGGAUACGAUGCAGUCUCAUUCCAGCCUAACAGUGGAGCACAGGGAGAAUAUGCUGGAUUAAUGGCUAUCAGGGCGUAUCAGCACGACGUCGGCCAAGGACACAGAGACGUCUGUCUGGUUCCAGUAAGUGCCCAUGGCACGAAUCCAGCUAGCGCACAGAUGGCAGGAAUGACUGUAGUCGUUGUCAAGACAAUGCCCAACGGAGAGAUAGAUAUGGCUGACGUCAAAGAAAAGUGUGAGAAGUAUAAAAAGAAUCUGAGUUGCAUCAUGAUAACGUACCCCUCAACUUACGGAGUCUUCGAACCUUCAGUCCGGGAAUUAUGCGAGACUAUACACGACUAUGGUGGCCAAGUCUAUCUUGAUGGAGCUAAUAUGAAUGCCAUGGUUGGUGUUUGUAAACCUGGUAAGUUUGGAGCAGAUGUUUCUCAUCUGAACCUCCACAAGACUUUCUGUAUUCCCCAUGGUGGAGGCGGUCCGGGUGUUGGACCUAUCGGAGUGAAAGCUCACUUGGCUCCCUUCCUGCCUGGACACGAUGUCCAGCCUCCCAUCGAGACUGACUACCCUGGUGCCAGACCCUUCGGACAGGUCUCAGCUGCCCCUUACGGCUCAGCCUUGAUCCUGCCUAUCUCCUGGGCUUACAUUAAACUUAUGGGAGCUGAUGCACUGCGCUCUGCUACUCAGGUGGCCAUUUUGAAUGCCAACUACAUGGCAAAGCGGCUAGAAGAACACUAUCCUAUCAUGUUUAGAAACGAUAAUGGAUUCUGUGCUCACGAGUUUAUCCUGGAUACACGAAACUUCCCGGGAACCACUGUAGGAGUCAUGGACAUUGCAAAACGACUUCAAGACUACGGUUUCCACGGGCCCACUACUAGCUGGCCGGUAGUUAACACACUUAUGAUAGAACCUACUGAGAGUGAAGACAAAGCCGAAAUCGACCGCUUCUGUGAUGCUUUGAUUAGUAUCAGACAAGAGAUACAGGAGAUCCAAGAUGGAACAGCAGAUAUUGACAUGAACGUUGUAAAGAACUCCCCACAUACCAUGGAAGCAAUUACCGGGGAUAUCUGGGACCGACCCUACUCUAGAAAGAAGGCUGCAUUCCCUCUGCCGUGGCUGACAAGCAGCAAGAAGAUCUGGCCCGCCUGUGCACGUGUGGACGACGCGUACGGUGAUCAACACGUGUUUUGCACGUGCCCUCCAAUCGAAGCGUACUCUAUUUCAGAUCUUGAGACACCUCCAGUCCUGCAGUAAUUUAUGAAACGGUGUUUGUCGUUAGACUCUGCUCUAGGUUUUAGGACUCGAUUUUGUGCUGGAAAGUUAAGAAAACUGAUAUUAUUGGCACUGUGAACUUUAUACAGUUGUAAUCUGUGACCCGAAGUUUUUCAGUUGUAAAAGACUUAUAGAUUAAAGACCAAUGCGGUCAAAUUUUGUUGUGGAAAGAAAGUUUUUAUUGUUAUUCGGGGAACCGUCCCGCAGUAUUUUUAUAUCAGUUAACUUAAAGAUUUUGUUCGUAUUCAUACCACCCGUAACUUAUAUAUACAAUAUAGUUUCAGUUGUUGAUUUUUGGAUUUUUACUGAAAUUUUUAUGUUAUUCGUACUUAUAUGAAA